AUGUCGGCGACAGGCAACAAAGUGUUCGCGCCCGCGAUCUUCUUCAUCGCUGCGCGCGAGGCGCUCGAAGCCUCGCUCGUCAUCGGCAUCCUCUCUGGUAUGCUCGAGAACCUGGUCAUGCACACCUCGUCCACGGAUGAUCACGAAUCCGAAUCCUCGCUCAGCGAAGCCCAAAAGACCGAGGCGGACAACAAGAAGCGCGCCAUCGUACGCAAGUUGCGCAAGAUCGUUCUUCUCGGCGCGCUGACGGGUCUGGUGAUCGCCUUUAUCAUCGGCGCCGCGUUCCUGGCGGUGUUCUACACCCAGGUCACCGACCUCUACGGCAAAGCGGAGGAGCUGUGGGAGGGCAUUUUCUGUCUUAUCGCCGUGUUGCUCAUCACGCCCAUGUCGCUGGCCAUCCUUCGUGCCGGCAACAGCAAGCGCAAGUGGAAGCGCAAGCUCGAGAAUGCCUUUUCCAUCUCCAACGUUCGUCCUGUUCAGUCGGAGGAGGUGGGGGAGGCGACGGCGGUGCAUGCGCUGGGGGCGAACGAUGGUGCUUCCACCUCGUCUUCCGCUGGUCGACCGGAUGAGACUGGAAUGAAGACCACUGGGACCGAGAAGAUGAACCCGCUUGAGGCUGUCGAGGUUGUUCCCCCUCGUCGUCGUCGGGGCCUCCGCGGUCUGUUCUCCAAGGGUGGAGAUCUGAAACUGCGACUCAACCGCGGAACGCUGGCGCUGUUCACCAUCCCCCUCAUCACCACCCUUCGCGAAGGCCUGGAAGGCGUCGUCUUCAUCGGCGGUGUCUCCCUCGGUCUUCCCGCCACCUCCAUCCCUCUCCCUGCCAUCGUCGGUCUCGCCGUCGGCCUUUUGAUCGGUUACCUCAUCUUCCGUUCCGGCAACAUCCUCUCCGUUCGUCUCUUCCUCAUCGCCUCCACCUGCUUCCUCCUCCUCAUCGCAGCGGGUAUGGCUAGCAGGGCAGUGUACUACCUCCAAUUCUACACGUAUGUCCGACUGGUCGGCGACAGCGCGGCGGAGAGCGGUGAUGGACCGGGUAGUUACGACGCCAGAGGGUACGUUUGGCACUUCAACUACGGUAACCCCGAGAACAACAAGGGCGGCACAGGUUGGGGCAUCCUCAACUCCCUAGUGGGGUGGAACAACACUGCGACGUACGGAAGCAUCAUUAUGUAUGUUGGGUACUGGGUGGUGGUUGCGGGUUAUUUGUGGUGGCAGAUCUGGAGGGAGGGGAGGUUGGUCGCGAGGUGGAACGGGAGGACGUAUUGGGAGUCCAAGCGCGCUGUGCAGGUGAGGGAGAGGAAGGAGAGACGCGCAGAAGCGAGACAGCAGAGGCAGUUGCAGGAUGAGUCUGUGAGUGAGGAGAAGGUGCACCAGCCCCAGGCUGGACCGUCGACCCUCGCCAUGUAG